AUGGGCUCGAGUCCGCAGCGGAUUGCCAAUGGAGGCCCAGCAAGCCAUGCGGCCAAAGCUGAUAUCAACGACAUCAAGCAACUCCAACAAUGGAAUGGCAAAAGCGUUCUCAAAGAUGAUACUCUGCGUGUACACGACUUGAUCCAGGCGCAUUUUGACAGCCAACCGUCGGCUCCUAGUGUUUGCGCUUGGGACGGUAGCCUGACGUACCAUGAGCUGGAUCAGCUUUCCUCCGCGCUGGCCGACGAGCUAGUGGCACGAGGAGUUGGCUGUGAGGUGGUUGUUCCCUUGUACUUUCAGAAAUCAAAAUGGACUGCCGUGUCCAUUCUUGCUGUCGUCAAAGCCGGGGCGGCCUUCGUGCUGCUCGACGACUCACACCCCUUGCCCCGGUUGCGGGAGAUCUGUGAAGAGGCGUCUGCAACAAUCGUGCUGGCUGCUAGCAGUCUCCGAGAAGAAGCCCUACAGUUGGCAGACGAAUCCUGCCUCAUCCUAGUUGGAGAGACACAAUCACAGCAGUGGCAUCAGAGCAGUAAUCAGUCCUGGAGAGCAUCGCCUGUGACGGGAUCCAGUGCUCUAUAUAUUGUUUUCACCUCUGGCUCUACAGGGAAGCCAAAGGGUGCGGUUAAUGAACAUGCCGCCCUCUGCGCCGCGGCAAAGGCAUCAGGACAAGCCUUAGCUAUGAGCGCCCAGACAAGGGCCUUUCAAUUUGCUUCAUACGCCUUCGACCCAACAAUCAUGGAUUUUCUCCGGACUUGGAUCUACGGCGGAUGCGUCUGUAUUCCAUCGCCGGGCCAGGCGAAGAAUGACAUUGCCGGCGCCAUCUCCCAGUUCGGGGCCAACCUCGCCAGUCUCACACCCUCGGUGGCCAGGCUGCUGGAUGCUGACACGCUGCCGGACCUGCGAGUACUGGAGUUUGCUGGAGAACCCAUGCUCCAAAGCGACGUAGAGAAAUGGGCAGACCGAUUGCUGCUCGUCAAUGCGUACGGUACCGCAGAGUGCUCGGUUUAUUCUGUAAUUUGCUCUCCAGUGCGCCCCGAUGGACACCCGCACAACAUCGGCUUCGCUGCUGGUUGUGUGGCCUGGAUCGUAGACCCGGACGACCACCACGUUUUGCUCCCCAUCGGCCAGCCGGGAGAGCUAGUGCUAGAGGGUGCCGGUGUAGGGCGAGGGUAUCUGAGCAACAAGAAGCUGACAGCGGCUUCCUUCGUUUUUGACCCGCCGUGGCUGCGCCAGUUCCGGGGUGAAGGGUCUCAUCGUAUCCGCCUGUAUAAAACGGGCGAUCUGGCGCAAUAUCAACCUGACGGAUCUCUUCGCUGCCUUGGCCGGAAGGAUACCCAGGCCAAGGUGCGUGGGCAGCGCAUUGAGCUGGGUGAGGUUGAAUGGUAUAUUGGAGACCUGCUUGACCCGCGGCCGCAUCAAGUGGUUGUAGACAUGGUCCAGCUAGAUCGUGGUGUUGGUACGCAUGCAGUCCUCGUGGCAUUCGUGCGGUUAGGGGAUACCCUGGCCGAAGAGUCCUUGCCCGCUGAGUUAUUCGCCGCGCCUACAGACGCCUUUCGCCUUCAGAUGGAAGAGGUUGAGACGGAACUGAAAGGUCUGUUGCCUGCAUACAUGGUUCCUGGAGCCUUUGUUGCACUCAGCUAUAUCCCCUUGUCCAUAUCAGGCAAGACAGAUCGUAGGCGGCUUCGAGAGGAGACUGCUAGACUUUCAUGGACCGGUGUUGAAGUAUACAUGCUGCACCAGCAGAGCAGACAUUAUUCUCCAAAAACAGUUAUCGAACGGACACUCCAGGAAUCAUUUGCCUAUAUUCUAGGCCUGAAGACCGAGGAACUCAGUCUGCAUGACUCCUUUUUCCGCAGAGGAGGUGAUUCCAUCUCAGCCAUGCAGCUCAGUGCUCAUUGCCGCCGUCGAGGGCUCUCCGUCACGACCCAGGACAUUUUUCAAUACCCUACUCUUGCUGAAUUGAAUGCCAGAGUACUUGUACAGAUGAAUUCUCAAACCUCCUCCUCUACAGUCCUUCCCUUCCAUCUCUCCCCAGUACAACACAUUCUGCUUCAGGAGAAGAGCUCGCCUCUCCAGGCUUUCACUGAGAGCCUCUUGCUGCGUCUGGCGAAGCCCAUCACCCUAAUUGAACUGGAAUCCAUGGUACAGGCUAUCAUAUAUCACCAGCCCAGCUUGUCCAUGCGGUUUACUCAUGGAGAAGAUGGCCAAUUGAUGCAGACAGUGACACCUCUGAUCCGAGGAUCGUACCAAUGCUCCCACAUUCAAACCACUACCAAUGCACCUUUGGCCAAGCUAGAUCCUCGCCCAGAUCGGAUCAACCUGGAAACAGGGCCAAUUCUCCUGGCUGAUUUAAUCGCCAAUAAGGAAGAUAAUACUCAGCAUAUACUCUUAGUAGUUCCACAGGUCGUUGUUGACGCUCCUUCAUGGCAGAUAAUUAUCAACGAGCUAAACAUCUGUUUGGCUAGUGGUGGCCCCUCAUCAUCAAUCGCAACUGGCUCAUUUCAGUCGUGGUGCGAGGCCCUUAAACCACAUAUCAAUGGACAACCACCCGUUGAAUGCCCUCUAUCUGGCUUUUGGGGCCCAGUCGAUACCAGCAGCAUGAAAGGUAGCGGGACCAUCUUAGCUGAAUUUCAUUUAGACCCCGCCAGAACUAGCUUGAUACAUCAGAGGGGCGAACAUGCCCUUCGUGCAGAGCUGGCGGAGAUACUUUUGGGUGUCUUUCUGUAUGCCUUCAGGGCUACCUUUCCAGGACGGGACGGCUUACAGGCAUUCAUUGAAUGCGAUGGGCGAACAGUAUAUGAUUCAGAGGUCGUCGGCCAGUUCACAACCUACACUCCUCUAAUUUUGGAAGCGGGCCAUGAUGGUGAUGUGGUUGAUAUGGUACGUCGAAGCAAGCAUGCUCACCGAAAAGCUAAGGACCAUACCACCCAUUCUAGGCAGAUACUGCCUAUGGAGGCCAUCUUCCGCUGGAAACAAGUUACCGAGCAGCAAGAAGGGCUUUACCUCCAAAAGAUACCACUACCUCCAAAUAAUAGGGAAGUGAAUCCUCUAGCACAGAAGCCAGCCCCUUUUGAGCUUUCUGUGAUGCAAUCUGGCAGCUCCCUUGACGUGUCCCUGGCGUAUUCGAAGCGCAUGCUGCACCAAGACGCCAUUAGCCAAUGGUUCCGCCUUUCCCAAGACGCAUUGGAUGAGUUGCUAAUGCGGCUAGAAAACCUCCCUUUCCAACCAACACUCAGUGAUUUCCCGCAGCUGUCCAUCACGUCGACGGAGCUAGAGUCCCUGAUACUUGAUACCCUAGCCCGGAAAGGUAUUUCCAGUCCGUCUGACAUCGAAGACAUCUAUCCUGCCUCUUUUAUCCAAAAUGGAAUGUUACUGAGCCAAGCCAGAGACCCCCGGGCCUACUGGUCCCGUAUGUCGUGGGAUGUGCGCUCUCGGGAUGGGACAGUAGUUGACCUGCACAGACUCGAAGAGGCAUUGCAACUGGUAUCCAUGAGACACUCUAUACUCCGGACUCUAUUCGUACAGGGCCAAGAUGGUUCAUACUGUCAAGUCCUGUUAAAGAGCCCGUCUCUUCCAGUCAAGAUCCUGCCGUUGGAGGCCGGGGGGCAAAUCCAAGGUGCUAAAGAUCGGGUCUUGAGUGACCUAAAAGAACAGACAUUGCUCCCUUGGAGCUUUACUCUUAGGUCCUUGGGUGGCGGCAAUGCAACGUGCGAGCUUAAGAUAAGCCAUGCUCUUAUGGAUGGCGAGUCAACGCAAUUGUUAAUCCGAGAUAUUCAAUGUGCGUAUGAGGCAGAGCUGUCACGAACAUCCCUUCCAUCAUAUAGCCGCUAUGUCAACUAUCUGAACCAGGUCGAUCGGGGCCCAGUACUCCAAUAUUGGAAAACCUACCUUGAGGGAACCGAACCGUGUCACUUUCCAUCAUUUCCGAGCGCUCAGUCCACCACAAUGACCGAUAAACUUGUGGACCUUGAAAUUAUUAUCGAGGACACUCCCCAGCUGUUUUCUUUUUGCAAUGAAGAGGGUAUUACACUCUUCAACAUGGUUCAGCUGGCAUGGGCGAUCGUGCUGCAAUGCUACACGGGCAACAAGACGGUUGCCUUUGGGUAUUUGACUUCUGGCCGGGAUGUACCGAUUGACGGUGUAGAGGACAUGGUGGGUCCCCUUAUCAAUAUGUUGAUUUCCCGAAUCAAUCUUCAGGGUGACCUGAGCGUCCGGCAGCAUUUGCACGAGUGUCGGGACCGGUACAAGCAGAGCCUUCCCAACCAGCAUUGCUCCUUGGCUGACAUAUACUGUGCCCUGAGGCAUUUUGGCACACCCUUGUUCAACACUAUAAUCACUUACCAAAAGUUGCUCCCCAUUAGUGCCAAUCCCACCAUCGAGUUCCAUGAGACACUUGAUCAACAGCCCACGGAGUUCGAUAUUGUUUUAAACGUCAAGACCGGCCACAAUGAGGCAGCUGUCUCAUUUACCUACUGGGGAAAUAAGAUCCCCCCUGAUUUGGCUCGCAGCAUAGGACGCACUUUCAGCACCGUACUUGGAGAGAUUACAAGGCAGCCGAACGUGCCUGUGUCCGAAAUUAACCUGGUUGGCGACGCAGAUAAGGCCCAAAUCAUGAGUUGGGACAGACCAGCUCCCACGGUGAAGGUUUGUAUUCACGAUUUAGUGAGAGCAGAAUGUCUCGCACAACCGGACCGUCUAGCAAUCGACGCAUGGGAUGGCAGCCUCACAUAUCAACAGCUAUGGGAUCAUUCCUCCUCGCUCGCUAUGUACCUAACAGAGCAGGGAGUUGGACUAGAGACACCCGUGCCAAUUUGCCUUGAAAGGUCCGUCUGGGUACCUGUUUCUAAACUCGCUGUCUUAAGAGCGGGAGGCAUAUGUGUGCCCCUAGACCCCAGCGCUCAUGUGGAGCGCAUUCAAACGAUACUCGAGGAGGCAACGCCAGAUAUGAUCCUCGUCUCACCAACAACAGUUGAUAUUGAUUUCCAAUCCUCUGCGAAAAGGAUCGUUAUUUCUUCAGAAGUGUUUCAACACUCCGGUACGCAAAUCCAAGGUCCAACUUCACCUUCCGAACCAAGACACGGCGCAUAUAUCUUGUACACCUCCGGCAGCACUGGCCGUCCCAAGGGUAUCAUUCUUCAACACGAUGGACUUUCCACGAGCAUACGCGAGCAGAGCCGCACCUUGAGCAUUGAUGGUGAGACUCGAGCACUACAAUUCGCCUCCUAUACAUUCGAUGUUAGCAUUUGGGAAAUCUUUACCAUCCUAACCUCAGGGGGAUGUGUCUGCAUUCCUUCCCAACAGGCAAGAAUGAACGAGCUGGCGGCAUUUGUAUCCAAGGCAAAAAUUAACUGGGUUGCUUUUACCCCAUCUUUUGUUCGACUUUUCCAGCCCAGUGACUUCCCCAGCGUGCGCACAAUGAUUCUAACUGGAGAGGCCCUACCCCAAGACAUUGCAGAUACUUGGUCUAGUAAAGUCAGGCUUGUUAACGCGUAUGGGCCUACCGAGUGCACCAUUUGCACUGUGCAGCCCAUAGAGACCGGUCGAUGGAUCGUAGGCACAAUUGGACGACCUGUUGGGGGUUCUGGCUGGAUUGUCGAUCCAUCUAACAUCAAUCGACCCAUGCCUAUUGGUGCGGUUGGAGAGCUUAUAUUUGAAGGGCCUGUGGUCGCUCGUGAAUAUUUUCGCCGGCCUGAUGCCACACGGGGUGCCUUUAUUUCUACCAGAUUGUCCUGGCUACCUACGCCUUCUCCUUAUGACGGCUGUCGGUUGUAUAAAACCGGUGACUUAGUGCGUUAUAAUGCGGAUGGCUCGCACCGGUACUUAGGACGCAAGGAUAAUCAAAUCAAGCUUCGUGGUCAUAGAAUUGAACUAGAAGAAGCAGAAUUCCAUAUUCGGCGCUAUCUUCCCUCAGGAUACAACGUCGUGGUCGAUGUUAUCCACCCUACCGACCAAACAACAUCUAGCAUUUUGGUUGCGUUCAUUAACGAUGAGGCGAAUACAAGCCAGACUGACCAGCAGCAACCACUUUUAAUGCCAGCAAGUGACAGCUUCUGCUUGCUGUCUCAAGGUAUCCAAACGCAGCUGGCCGUUUCCAUGUCCAGCUACAUGAUACCCCAACUCAUGAUCCAGAUUUCGAUGAUUCCGAAAACCAAGUCGGGCAAGACAAAUCGUCGUGCCAUUCGAUUAGCUGCAUCUUGCUUAUCUCGCAGCGACCUCGAGUCGCUAGUGGACGCCAGUGGAGGGAGCGGAAAGCUGCAGCCUACAACCGCAAACGAGGAGCUGAUGCAAAGUCUCUGGGCUAUGGCACUUGCCCUACCGACGAAAAGAGUGGGUAUUAGUGAUAAUCUCUUUCAGCUCGGCGGCGAUUCCAUCACAGCCAUGAAAAUCGUUGGCCUUGCUCGUGCAGCAGGCUAUACCUUGGUUGUCUCUGACAUUUUCAGCAGGCCCACCCUAUCAAGCCUGGCGGAGGGGUUGGAGCGCUAUUCUCCGUCAUCUGCGCAAAACGUUGCUCCCUUCAGCCUAAUUCCCUCUGGAGACGACGUAAGCGCACUUAGUGGGAUGGCAAUGAUCGAGUGCCAGACAUCCUCUGACGAUAUUGAGGACAUUUAUCCAUGCACAGCGCUCCAGGAAGGCCUUAUGAGUCUUACUAUCAAGCAGCAGGGGUCGUACGUCGCGCAGUACCAGCAUCGCAUCGAUCCCAGUGUGGAUGUUCCUCGCCUUGCAGCCGCAUGGGAUAUAAUUGUUGCGGCCAACCCCAUCUUGAGGACACGGAUUAUCCAGUCGCAGUCCGGCCGUACAUUCCAGGUUGUCUUGAAGCAUGGCCCUUCAUGUGUGGUAGAGUCCUGCAGCCUUGAGGAAUCUAUGAAGUCCGCGAAGGGGGCUAAAAUUGCCCUGGGAGUACCACUGCUAAGAUCCGUCAUCGUCUCACAAGAGUCUGAGACAUUUUUCGUCCUCACUAUACACCACGCCGUCUAUGACGGCUGGUCAAUGACCCUCCUACUUGAGCAGUUAGAGUCGGCCUAUGCAGACCAGGCCUUGAAGCUCCGGCCAUUCACAGGUUUUAUUGAAUACCUAAGCCGUAUGGAUAUAUCAGCCCGUGAUCAAUUUUGGCGCUCUCAGUUUAUGGACUUGAACUGCGGUGUGUUUCCUGCGCCCCGGGCUCAGGUCGGCCGUGCCAAAAAGCCCGCUACUCUGCAGUUCGUAGAACACAGGCUAGAGACUCCGGUCGUGGAUUCCAAGUUUACCCUUUCUACUAUAGCCCGUCUGGCCUGGGCUAUAGUACUGUCCGAGCAUACCGGUUCGCGUGAUGUUGUUUUUGGAGCGACAGUCGCAGGGCGUAGUGCACCUGUUAGAGACAUUGAGCAGAUGACGGGCCCAACAAUGGCAACAGUCCCGUUCAGAGUGCAUAUUAGCCCAGCAGAUUCUGUGCAGGAGUCAUUAGAUAAGGUCCAAGCUCGAACCAUUGAAAUGAUUCCAUACGAGGCGACAGGCCUACACAACAUCAAGGCUUUAGGAGCAGACUCUGCUGUUGCCUGUCAAUUCCAAAACCUCCUCGUCAUCCAGCAGCAGCAAAGCUUCUAUCAGCCAAAGCUUAUGCAUGAGGUCCAGCGAUUUGCGGAAAAUAUAGCCACGAUCAACACAUAUCCAUUGACUCUGCUUUGCAAUCUCAAUGGAGACCACAUUUUGAUUCAAACAUCUUUUGACCCAGCAGCUCUGAGUAAAGCAGAGGCUGCAACAUUAUCCUAUCAUCUUGGACGGGCAAUACUAGAGCUAGUCGAAAAGCAAUCCUUGAAGUGGGGAAUAGGGCCAGAAGUAUUCGUCCCUGUAUACCUAGAGAAGUGUAGAUGGACCCCUAUUGCCAUGCUGGCAAUUAUGCGCGCCGGCGGUGCGUUUGUACUGAUGGAUCCCGCACAUCCCUUGGAUCGUCUAAAACUCAUUCAUAGCCAGCUGGAUGCCCCUGUUUUACUAACAUCUGCGUCGCUAUCGCCUGCCGCGUUAAAUAUCACUUCAACUGUCAUUCUUCUAGAUAGUACUGAAUGGCAAGAACCGGUGGGUAAUAGAUCAACAAAAGCCGAAGUGUGGAGGGCAUCUAUCGUCCAACCAAAAAACAAACUAUAUGCAGUGUUCACCAGCGGUACCACUGGCGCCCCUAAGGGCGUCGUUGUUGAGCAUGCGGCAUGCCUUACAAGCAUGCAAGCACUCAUAGAGCCUAUGGGUAUAAAUAGGAACACACGGGCUCUUCAGGUAGCUUCCUACGCCUUCGAUGUUAGUGUCUCUGACCAUCUAGCAACAUUCCUUGCUGGUGGCUGUCUCUGUAUCCCACAAGUUUCUCAGAGGGAAAACAACCUUGCGCUAGCUAUGAAAAGCCUUGGGGCAAACUACAUGCAUAUUACCCCCUCGCUGGCCGAGCUUCUGAAGCCAGAGGAUAUUCCUGGGCUAGGUACUCUGGUGCUUAGCGGGGAGCCGAUGACUGCAGGUCUAGUAACCACAUGGGCUAGCUCGGUAAAGCUAAUCAACGCAUAUGGACCGGCGGAAUGUUCCGUUGACUGCUUCGUCAAUGCCUCUAUUAUGGAUACGACAGAUCACUCCUGCAUAGGCUUUGCUACCGGUAGCGUUGGCUGGGUUGUUGAGCAGGAUAAUCACGACAAGCUGGCUCCAAUUGGCACAGUUGGUGAACUUGUAGUCGAAGGCCCAAUAUUGAGUCGCGGCUAUUUGAACGAUGAACGGAGCACUUCUGCCGCCUUUAUCCAAGAUCCAGCGUGGGUUCGCCAGUUUACCAUCGAAGCUAGUCCACGGAGGAUGUACAAAACGGGGGAUCUUGUUCAGUAUAAUUCGGGCAAUGGAUCAAUGCGUUAUAUUGGCCGCAAAGACACGCAAGUCAAAGUAAGGGGGCAACGGCUUGAGCUAGGAGAAAUUGAACAUCAUUUAAAGGAGUGUUUUGCAGAGGCUACACGUCUAAUGGUGGAUCUCAUUGUUCCAAUCACUGACGAUGAAAGACCUGUCUUGAUGGCAUUUAUCGAAAUUCCAAGUGAGUAUGACGAUCUUCAGGGCAAAAAUCCCCAUGAUCUCUUCAACCUGCCUAGUGAUACGUUCCGGGCAAAGGUGCAGGGAGUGAUAGCUCAGCUGCGCAAGAAGCUUCCGCCCGCCAUGGUGCCGAUAAUCUUUAUCCCCAUGGCGAAGAUCCCUCUCUCAGCUUCUGGCAAAACGGAGCGAACGGCUGUGAAACAAGCUGCCUCCCGUCUUGCACGGGAAGAAAAAAGACGCUACAUUGUAGCAAGCAAAGUCAAGCGGACCCCGGCCACUGACAAGGAGCGACUCAUCCAGUCCAUCUCUGGCCGUGUGCUGAAAGUACCAAUCGAGGAUAUUGGAAUGGAUGAUACCUUUUUCGAGCACGGAGGAGACUCAAUCUCAGCGAUACGGUUUGUUGGGGAUGCCCGUCAGGCCGGUUGGACCGUGCAGGUGGCGGAUAUCUUCGACCAGCCAACCCUUGGAGCAUUAGCUGGAAAGUUACAGCGCAGUGAAGGCGACUCGGCAGCACGCCCAAUCCCUCCGUUCCUUCUUCUAUCGAAUGACACAGAACGGGCCCGACUUCGUUCGCUUGUAGCCAGCUCAUGUUCUAUACCUACUAGCCAGGUUCAAGAUAUCUAUCCCGCAACCGCACUCCAAGCUGGGUUACUGGCAUUGAGCUUAAAGCGACGGGGUGCCUACCAGGGCUAUUUCCCAGUGCGGCUGCCACCCAAUGUUGACCUCAAUAGCCUAAAGAGGGCCUGGGAAUCCACUGUGGAGGCAAAUGCCAUCCUACGCACCCGGCUGGUCCAAGAUGCCGACGGGCAGAUGUACCAGGCAGUCCUGGAUUCCAAAGUUGAGUGGCCCAAGGCAGCUGAGCUUGAUCAGUACAUCAAACUAGAAGCUACUCUACCAAUAAGCCUGGGAGGGCCGCUAGCGAGAGCUGCUAUCGCCCAAGAUUCUAAGCAAGGUGGGUGGUAUCUAGUCGUAACGCUGCAUCACGCACUAUACGACGGAUGGUCCAUCCCACUCCUGAUCCAAGAUCUACAAACAGCUUAUCUUGGCCAGGUGUUAUCCCCACGUCUGUUUAACGGGUUCGUGUAUUAUAUUUCCGCAACUGAUGAUGCUGCGAUCUCUGGAUUCUGGAAAAGUGAGUUUCAGAGCAUUGCUUGUGGACAGUUCCCGCCGCUACCAUCAGUAUAUUAUGUUCCAACAAUAGAUGGCUUCCUUGAACAUGAACUCACUCUCGGUGAGCUGUCCUCGGAUUUUACCAUUUCCACCAUUUUGCGCUUAGCUUGGGCAACGGUGAUCUCUAGCUAUAGCAGCUUGGACGAGGUAGUUUUUGGCACCACCGUCGCUGGACGAAGCGCUCCAGUUCCAGGCAUUGAGGACAUGACGGGUCCAACAAUUGCAACAGUGCCCAUCCGCGUUCACGUCGAUCCCAAUAUGCGUAUACAAGAUGCGCUGGGAUAUAUCCAAACUCGUGGAACGCAAAUGAUACGAUUCGAGCAGGCAGGACUCCAGUUCAUUCGCUCUCUGAGCUCUGAGGCAGCUCUGGCUUGUCAGUUCCAGAGUUUGCUUGUGGUCCAGACAGUGGAUGAGGAAAAUCUCGAACCGUCGGACUUCUCUGUGGCCUACGAGUAUGGAUAUGACGAAAGGGCAUUCUCCUCGUAUGCCAUCAACGUAACAUGCGAACUAGCUCCCUCGUCAAUCAAGUUCCGAGUUGCGUUUGAUAGCCACAUCACCGAGCCCCCUGUGAUGCAGAUGAUGGUGUACCAGCUGUCCCAUGCCAUUUCACGAAUCGUGGAUGACGCUAUGUUUGUGAGGGAUCUGAAGGAGAUUAGUCCACAGGGCAUGCAAAAUCUUCUAGAGUGGAAUGGCCAGCUCCCACCACCAGUCCAGGCUUGCAUCCAUGAUUUAAUUUUGUCCUAUAGCGAGAGUACGCCGGAUGCCAUCGCCGUAGACGCUUGGGAUGGGAGGUUGACAUACCGCGAUCUGGACUCGCUCUCUUCUUGCUUAUCCAGCCACCUACUGUCCGUAGCCCAAAUGAAGCCGGAGAUUAUUGUCCCUAUUUUGAUAGAGAAGUCUAUGAACACGGUAAUUGCGCUGCUUGGUGUGAUGCGGGCUGGCUGUGCAUUUCUUCUGUUGGACCCUUCCCAGCCAGCCGCCCGUCUAAGAUCGCUCUGCGAAGCAGUGGAGGCAAAGAUUAUCGUAUCCUCAGCGAAAAAUGUAGAUCUGGCAUCUACCAUAGCCCUAGAAGGACAUGUGGUAGUGUGCUCACAGCAGAGCCUUGCCUCCCCUAAUCCCCUUAGAAGACGGAUCCGAUCAGACCCAGUUUCUAAUUCUAGACAAAUCGCCUAUUGCGCCUUCACAAGUGGAUCCACAGGUAUACCAAAGGGUAUACUCGUCGAACAUGCCUCCUUCUGUACUGGCAACAUGGCGGUUGGGCGGCUCAUCGGUAUGGACCGGAAUACACGAGCCUUCCAAUUCGCGUCUUAUGCAUUCGAUGUCAGCAUCACCGAUCACCUACUUCCUUUAAUGCAUGGGGGCUCAGUGUGUAUUCCAUCCAGCGAGAGUGCUAAGGACAACCUUCCCGCUUCUUUGAGGGAAUCGGGCGCAAAUUUCGCAGAAUUAACACCAUCUGUGGCUAGAAUGCUUGAUGUAAGCGACAUAUCUGGCCUACAGACCCUUAUCAUGAGUGGCGAGAGCAUGACCCAAGCAGAUGUUGAGAAGUGGCAGGGCAAGGUCGGCCUUGCUAAUCUUUACGGGCCUGCAGAGUGCUCCUGUGUUGCGACUGGGCAAUACCCAGUAAACAUAAACCAAUCUCCUCAGCUGCUCGGUGAGGGCAUGGGGUGCAUUUGUUGGAUUGUAGAUCCUACCGAUGACGAGCAGCUGGUUCCAAUCGGCGCGAUAGGUGAGUUGGUUAUCGAGGGUCCAAUUGUUGGACGGGGGUAUCUCAAUGCGCCGGAGCAGACAGCAUCUGUCUUCGUGCCAUCAAUGCGAUGGCUCCAACAAAUUCGCGGGGGAGUAGAUCGCGUGUACAAAACGGGCGAUCUUGUGCAGCUGCUACCUGCUGGAGGUUUAAAAUACAUUGGCCGCAAAGAUCUCCAGGUAAAAGUUCACGGUCAACGGAUUGAGCUAGGCGAAGUCGAACAUCAUGUACAUCGUCUGUUCCCCCACGCGACCAACGUUGCAGCAGAGGUUCUUCACCCAGACGAGCAACAGGGCACAUCUAUCCUUACAGCUUUCCUGGAAGUUCCUCAUUUACAGGAAUUCUCCAAUGGCCAUUCAUUAUCUGCGGAGACUAGGAUCCUUCAAGCAACAGCACAGUUCCUUGCCGAUGUGCAGAGCAUCCGAUCUAAACUGCGGGAGCUGAUUCCGCCCUACAUGAUUCCCACCCUUUUCCUACCGGUGAAUCAUAUUGCGCUGACCCUAUCCGGAAAGGUGAACCGUGGGAUGCUGCAGAAUUUGGGGAAAAAUCUGAGCCGCAAUGAUAUCAAGGCGUUCGUCAGCGGGAGUAGUAGGCCCAAGCGAGCACCGGAAACGGAAAUGCAACGGGCUCUAGUGAUGCUUUGCGCGAAGGUCCUGAAUCUUCCUCCCGAGGGAAUUAGCAUUGACGACAGCUUUCUCGCGCUCGGGGGUGACUCGAUCAGUGCCAUGUCGCUCGUAGCGCGUGCGAGAAUGCGUCAACUUGUCAUGGCAGUCGAUAGCGUAUUGACCCAAAACACGAUUGAGAAGCUGGCAUUAUGUGUCAAGUCCACCGCCGUGCUGCCUUCACAGCAAGCCGAAGAGCUAGAUGUCCCUUUUGCCUUGUCUCCGAUCCAGCAAAUGUUCUUCGAGGUCGUGCCGCCAGAGUCCCGCAAUCACUAUAAUCAGAGCUUCUUCGUCUCGCUCGCGACGCGAGUUUCGGCAAAUGAAUUGGAGGCUGCCGUUCGGGAGAUGACUAAGCGUCACGUGAUGUUCCAAGCCCGAUUUGGUAAAGACGACGACAGUGGAUGGACGCAGCGCAUCACGACUUCUUCCAAUGUCACUUCUGGCAUAUCAUCAUAUCUAUUCAAAACCCACGAAGUCCCUGACCUUGCUUUUAUUGAGCCUCAUGCAGCAGCGGCUCAACAGAGCCUGGAUAUCGAAUGCGGCCCUUUGCUAGCGGUUGAGCUUUACCAAGUCCAUAACCAAGGACAGUACAUUCUCCUGGUAGCACAUCACCUUGUGGUAGACCACGUCUCAUGGAGGAUUAUUCUCAGCGACCUAGAAGAGAUCUUGGAAGCAUCUCUAACUUCUAGCACUAUUACCCCUGUCGAAUCGUCGCUGUCAUUCCAGACGUGGUGCCAUCUCCAAGCCCAGCAUGCCCGUGAACACUUACCUCCCCAGAAGGUCUCUCUGGCACCGCCUAACGAGCACGAUGCUGGCUCUUCAGGGUCGACAGCCUUCCUGGAUUAUUGGAGAUUGACAGGACAAUCCAACACAUACUUAGAUGUUGCCACUAUCAGCUUCGCUUUGGACGCGGAAGUGACUGGGAGCCUUCUCGGUAAUGCUAAUGAUGCUUUGCAGACCAAGCCUGUGGAGAUCAUUCAGGCUGCGCUUAUAUUCUCAUUUAUGAAAAAUUUCCCUGACCGGGACCCGCCCACUAUUCAUAGCGAAGGCCACGGAAGGGAAGUAUGGGAUGCCUCCAUCGACCUGUCACGAACAGUAGGAUGGUUCACCACCAUCUGGCCUACUCCAACAACCGUGGAAGUGGCUCAUAGUCUCAUUGAAGUGGUAAAGCGCACCAAAGAUAGCCGACGACAAGUCAGAAGCAAUGGAUGGGCCUAUUUUGCAUCACGAUAUCUACAUCCAGAUGGUCGCAGCCAGCUGUCACUAGAUGUGCCUCUAGAGAUAAUAUUUAAUUAUGCUGGGUCAUUCCAACAGCUGGAACAGCAGCAGGGACUAUUUCACACCGCGGAUACCCCGUUUAGACAGCUUGAUGUAGCCGCUAGUGCCCCCAGGUUUGAACUGCUUGAGGUUUCAUCCGUAGUUACCUGUGGGCAGCUGCAGGUGGAAAUCUCAUAUCAUAAAGCUAUGCCACAAGCUCGUAUUAAGCAGUGGGGUUCGUCCUUUGAAUCUGCGCUGAGCGAGGCCAGUGUGACUCUCUCGUCAAUGCAGAAGCAAUUUACGCUCGCUGACUUUCCUCUUCUACAAAUCGGCUACAGCGAUUUGGAGCAUCUAGUCGAAAGAGUCGCUGUCGUGACGGGAGUACAUGAUAUAACAGAGAUCGAGGAUGCCUACCCAUGUUCAAGCAUUCAGCAGGGUAUGCUUCUCAGUCAAGCUAAGGAUGCAGCUCAGUACGUUACCAGUACUACGUGGGAUAUUCAAAGAAUGGACGGCAUUGAUAUUGACUGCCUCAUUCGUUCAUGGGAUAAGGUGGUCAAUAACAAUCCCAUUCUUCGCACGAUCUUCGUGGAAAGCAGCUCAGGUCAGCUCUGGGAUCAAGUGGUACUAAAUCACGCAGCUGGUAAGGUCAUUCUUCUUGACCUUGGUAGUAGUAUAAAUUCUUCAGCCCCGCGGAGGCCCGGGGAUGUCACAGCAUCCCGCCCUUGGCAGCUGAUCAUAGCUCGUGCGAGUGAUGCGCUACUUUGUGAGCUUCGCAUCCUUCAUGCUCUAGUCGAUGGCCUUUCAAUGAAUGUACUUGAACAGCAGCUGGCUUGUGCUUAUGAAGGCCAAACAUUCCUCGAACCCGUGGCAACUCUGAAAGAUUAUAUCUCUUACGUUCAAGAUCUUCCUAACGGAGCGGCCACGGAGUUCUGGGCCACAUACCUAGAGGGGUCAGACCACUGUAUCCUCCCUACCCUGAAUCAUACGCAAGACCUUAAUUAUGAGGCUUCGGUGGCACAUGUCACCCGGAAACUUGAUAACCUUCAUCCAUUACAAGACUUCUGCGCAGAGAAUGGGGUCACUCUGUUCAACCUUGUUCAGCUCGCUUGGGGCUUGGUUCUAAGAACAUACACCGCAUCUGAUGCUGUCUGCUUUGGCUACAUAGUCACUGGCCGAAAUAUGCCAAUUUCUGGAAUGGACAAUGCUAUUGGCCCCUUCAUUAAUAUCCUCGUAAGCAGAAUGCAGUUGGCUGGUAGCAACUCUAUAACAGAUCUGGUUCAGUUAAUUCACUCCGACUUCCUGCAAGGGCUGACCCACCAGCACACCUCACUUGCUGAGAUAUAUCAUUCUUUGGACAUUUCAGCCCGUGGGCUUUUCAAUACCGCGGUAUCGCUUCAGACCAAAUCCGAACAACGAACGACCAACCAUAACUCUGGACUUUUAAUGCGUACAGUCAGUAGCGAUGACCCGACAGAGUAUGACCUUACAUUAAACAUUGCCGUAUCUAAAGACCACAUGGAAUUUGCACUUUGGUACUAUGAGCAUUCAUUCACACCGAGUCAGGUCCAUGAUCUCGCGGCUGCCUUUGAAAAGGCCUUAUUGAGUUCCGUCGCAUCAUCGAAUGCAAAGGUUCGGGAUGUCGAUCUUUUGAGCGAGAAUCAUAUUCAGUGGUUACGUUUGCGGAACAUGGUUCUCCCCGAGGCGCGAGAGGAGUGUAUACAUGAAGUCAUCGAGCCGUUUUUCUUUUCUACCCCCUCGGCCCAGGCUGUUUGCGCGUGGGAUGGUGAUUUCUCGUAUGCAAAGCUGGACAUAUUGUCAUCCAGCUUAUCUCGCGUUUUAAUUCACCGUGGUGUCCAGCCGGAGACAUAUGUAACCAUACACCACGAGAAAUCUAGGUGGACACCUGUGGCCAUGCUUGCAGUCCUCCGUGCUGGCGGCGCCUUUACCCUUCUUGACCCUUCGCUCCCCCUAGCACAUAAGCAGACCAUCUGUGCUGAACUUGGGUGUGAGAUCAUGAUCUCCUCUAAAACAGUUGAGGAUGUCUCCUCCUUGGUCAAAGAAGUUAUCAUGAUUGGCGACGGUGAAGAUAAGAUGUGGACUGUGCCAUCCUCAGAGUUCAUACUACCAUCGAAAGCCCAGCCCACACAUGCAGCAUAUGCAGUUUUCACGUCUGGCUCGACUGGGAAGCCCAAGGGUGUUGUUAUCGAUCAUUCCUCAUUCUGCACCAGUGCUACAGCCCAGCAUCAGGCUCUAUCUAUUGACAGUUCUACUCGUGUUCUACAGUUUUCUGCCUACUCUUGGGAUGUGAGUAUCAUGGACCAACUGGCAACGUUUAUGGCGGGUGGCUGCGUGUGCAUACCCUCAGAAUCCCAGCGAGUGGAUGCACUGACUGAGGCUAUUCAACAAUAUGGUGCUAACUGGAUUCACACAACGCCGCCGGUCGUUCGUUUACUCGACCCUGACCAAGUCUCAUCAUUGCAAGUCGUGACCCUUAUUGGUGAAACCCCCUCAUUCGAUGAUAUAAAGAUGUGGCGAGGUAGGGUAUCUCUUCGGGAAACAUUUGGUCCGACCGAAUGUUCGGUCUUGGCCAUGGUGAAUCCAGAUAUUUCAUCUGAUCCGAGAAAUAUCGGCCGUGAGAGUGGUUGUGUCUGCUGGGUUGUUGAUCCAGAAGACCAUAAUAAGCUGGUACCGAUCGGCGCAAUUGGAGAGAUUCUCAUCGAAGGACCAAUUCUUGGCCGCGGUUAUUUAAAUGACCCCAUAAAAACAUCAGCAGCAUUUAUUAAAAAUCCAGCAUGGACAAAGAAGUUCCGUACCAAGCAGACUGUGCGACUCUACAAGACAGGGGAUUUGGCUUAUUAUUGCCCAGACGGGUCUAUCCGUUUUUUCCGGCGCAAGGAUACCCAAGUCAAGCUUAGGGGUCAACGCAUCGAACCUGGUGAAGUUGAGCAUCAUAUAUCAACCAAUUUUGACGGCGCAGAACGUGUCGUAGUGGAUGUUCUUGCAUUGGAAUUGGAAGCUUCUCGCUCAUUUUUGGUUGCCUUUGUCAAGUCCACGAGCCUAGGUAUCAGCAACGAUGUCGGCGUUGCUAAUGAUCUCUUCGCUCCUCCAAGUACAGAGUUCUCCAUACAGGCGUCCCUCACUCAAUCCCGUCUGCAAAGCCAACUGCCCAAGCACAUGGUGCCCACAAUUUUUCUACCUUUAAACUGGGUCCCUCUGACCAGCUCUUGCAAGACAGAUCGUCGCCUGCUGAAACGAAAAGCAGCUACCCUUACUCGGAGUGAGCUAGAAAUAUACAUGCACACCAGCGCGUCAGCCAAGCAAGUUCCCACGACUGAAAUGGAACACAAGUUACUACCGCUCUGUGCUGAGGUGCUGAAUCUUGCUUCGGAUAUGAUAGGAACCAAUAAUGACUUUUUCCAUCUGGGCGGAGAUUCCAUUUCUGCCAUGCAGCUGGUUGUGCAAUGUCGCCGAAUCGGCAUUUCCAUUGGUAUGGAGGACGUAUUUCGACACCGCACCCUUGCCGGGAUUGCCCGUCAUGCUCAAUGUGAACGUAGCAGCACUAUUGAGUUGGCUGUGGAAAAGAUUGAUAAGCCAUUCCCCUUGUCUCCAAGCCAGCAACUCCUUUUCCAAUAUUCUCCCCAGGGUUGUGAUUCUUCCAAUCAAGGUGUUAUCAUCAACAUCGCCCAAAAAACUGAAACCCACCGCUUGCAAGGAGCCAUAAAGGCCAUCGUUGAGCGCCAUUCUAUGAUUCGUGCUCGGUUUAACCAGGACUGCCAUGGUUUCUGGACGCAGCGCAUCACAUCUCAAACAAACGAGUCGUACAAAUUCCAGCAUUUGAACAUUUCGAGUGAGAAUGAAUUGAUUCAGGAGCUGCAAAAGGCGCAGGGGUGUAUUAAUAUCCAGCACGGCCCCCUGCUGGUGGCAGAAUAUGUGCAACUUGAUGAAUAUGUGCAACUUGAUGGGCAAGGAGAUGGCUGUCUCAUUCUUGUUGCCAAUAGUCUUGUUGUUGACCAGUCUUCGUGGCGUAUUAUACUUGGUGACUUAGAGACGAUGUUGAGCAAUAACAACAAGCUCCCUGAAUUGGCCCCAGCACCAGUAUUUUACCCGGCUUGGUGCGAAUUGCAGGCGGAUUCCGUGGCCAGGUACUCUCGUACCGAAAACAGGCGUCUUUCUCACUUUAGUGAAGAAAUCCCGAAAGUAUCCCCACUUGAGUUUUGGGGUAUGGAAGGUCGUCUAAAUCAGGCCAAACAUUCCAUAACUAUUACAUCUACGAUUGACCAUCCCACCACAAAUCUGCUUUUGGGAAGCUCCAACAAGGCAUUUCGCACUCGGCCUGCCGAGGUUCUCCAUGCGGCAUUAGUCCAUUCUUUCCUUCAGGUGUUCGUGGACCGGGAUCCUCCCAUCAUGUAUAACGAACUUUCCGGUCGAGAACUUGUAGAUGGGUCGAUUGAUACUUCACGGACGGUUGGUUUGUUUACUACAAUCCAUCCUACCCCAGUAAAUCUCGACAAUUGUUACGAUAUGGUGGAGAUGGUACGUCGCACGAAAGAUGCACAACGCAAAGCUCCUACAAAUCGCUGGGCUUCCUUCAGCCCGCACUACAGGGAUUCAUCGGACUCUGGGUGCUUGCCAGAGCCAUUUGAAGUCAUUUUCCACUUCGAAGGGCUCGAAGAUCAGCGAGAAGAUGAUCAUUUGAUCCAGAAAAUUAUCAGAUCUCCAUUUUCUGAAAUUCAAGCAACUGAUAUAGCGUCAGAGGCACCGCGCCUCGCGCUCAUUGACAUUUUGGCUGUUACUUUCCAAGGAGAGUUGGUGACUUACUUCACCUUCAAUAAACAUAUGAAACAUCACAAUUUGCUGAGACGCUGGGUUGAUGAGUAUCAAAAGUCAGUCACUAGCGCAAUUAUUGAUCUACCAAAUGCUCCUCGAGCAUAUUCACUUAGUGACUUUCCCCUACUUAAAACCACAUACGAAGGCCUUGAUGCAUUUGUUGUCAGAGUCCAGGAUCAAAUUGGUCCCCAGGCGGGAGAGAGCAACCACUUGAUCGAGAAUGCAUACCCAUGCUCUCCCAUUCAACGAGGAAUCCUUCUCAGCAAGCUGAAAGAUGAUGAUUUGUACACCCCUCACUUUACUUGGAAGCUUCAAGCUACGAGGCAUAACCCCAUUGAUAUGAAUCGGCUUCGUGGAGCAUGGAAACAGGUCCUCGAUCGUCAUCCUAUUUUCCGAACCGUUUUCGUACAGAGCAGUUUGCAUAUGGAAUACUACAGCCAGGCAGUCAUGGCCUCAACACCGGACAACAUUACUAUCCUACAGUCUGAUGAUGAGAACGUGAUAGACUUGAUCAGUGACUAUCGUUCAGCGCGCAUGCACCGAGAUCAAGCUUCUCUCUGGCACCUCGUUUUAUGUCAAGGCAAGACAGGUGAUACUUUCUGUGACUUGAAAGUCAGCCACACCUUGAUUGAUGGAACAUCCUUAGCCGUUCUAAUACGAGAAGUGCAAUUAGCAUAUGACAAGUCGCUUCCUGCAGGUGAUGGGCCACCUUAUAGUGACUAUAUAGAGUAUUUACAAUCUACUCCGAAGGACACCAUCAUCAAUUACUGGAAAAAGCAGCUUUCAACAAUCUCGCCAUGCAUGUUCCCCAAGAUGAAUACCACCAGGAGACCAUCUUCAGUAAAUGGUACCAAGCGGAAACUGCGCUGUGCAGAACUCGAGAUUGAGGAUGCCUCCACUAUCUACGAGUUUUGCAAGGACUAUGGAUUUACCAUCUCUAACAUCCUACAAGUGGCCUGGGCUCUUAUUUUGCAGUGCUAUACCACCUCAGAAUCCGUCUGCUUUGCAUAUGUCUCAUCUGGCCGCGACGUCCCCGUGCAAAACAUUGAAAGAGCUGUUGGUCCUUUCAUAAACAUUUUAAUCAGCCACAUUUCCCUAUUGUCUGAUUUACAGCUGCUCGAUGUGUUACGGGCUAAUCAAGAUGCGAACAUUAACAACUUGAAAUAUCAGAACUGCUCCCUCGCAGAGAUAUUCCAUGGCAUGCCCUUGGGCGCAACUGAACUGUUUAACUCCAGCAUGUCCGUGCAAAACAGGAAUUCAGACCAUGACUCCUUUAGUUCGUCAUUGGAGUUCUCGGUAAUUGAUGGGGAGGACCGAACAGAGUAUGACAUCGCUAUACAUGCUCUCAUAGACAAGCAAGGGGUAUCUCUUUCGCUUGAUUACUGGGAGGACGAGUACAUAUCUGCUGAGCAAGCCAAACAGCUUCUACGCACGAUGAGAGAAGCAGUACUGAGCAUCGCGGCCCAUCCCAAGGUCAACAUCGGACAGGUUUGUCUCCUGAGCUCUGAGGAUCAGCUUCAACUCAACGAAUGGAACAAAGCCGUUCCUAUUGCCCUUAGUGCUUGUGUGCAUGACCUCAUUGAGCAGCACUUCCAAUCUAGUCCCCUCUCGCUGGCGGUUCACUCCUGGGACGGCGACCUGUCCUACCAAGAUUUGGACCGUCUCUCAUCCGGACUUGCUACACAUCUCAUGGAUUUGGGAAGCCAACCAGAAACAUAUAUUCCUUUGUUGUUUGAAAGGUCCAUGUGGGCCGUCGUUGCGAUGCUUGCCGUCAUGAGGUCUGGCGCAGCGUUUAUUCUUCUCGACCCAUCUAGCCCCACAGGCCACCUGGAGCAAGUCUGUGCACAUGCAAAGGUCAAUAUUAUUGUCAGCUCGACGACCAAUAAAGCAAUACUGCAUCACCUUCCAGCCCAUAUUGUGGUGGUGGACAAGGAAGCUGAGUGCCUCUGGCCGUCCCGCGUAGCAAUUCCUUCUAUUGCAAAACCCCAAAAUGCUUUAUCUGCCAUCUUCGCCUCUGAGUCUACUGGCAAGCUGAGUGGACUCAUUGUUGAACAUGCCUCCUUUUGUUCGGCUGUGGAGGCGAACAAGGGGCCUCUACGAAUAGAUGGUAACACUCGAAUGUUUCAAUUUGCCUCACAUGCAUCAGACAUGAACAUCGGUGAUUACUUGAUGGCACUUACCCAGGGAGGUUGUGCGUGCAUUCCUUCUCAAUCCCAGCUGGAUGAUGUAGCAAAGGCUAUAUGUACUUUGGAUGCUAACUGGGUAUCCCUCACGCCUUCGGUGGCCCGCCGUAUCGAUCCUUCAAGCGUGCCCAGUUUGAAGACGGUUUAUAUUGGAGGGGAGCCCACAACCUGCCCAAGUGAGGUUCGGUGGAGCAAUUUUGUCCAUUUGGUCGAAGGCUAUGGUCCUGUCGAGCUCUCAGUCCGUUGUACGAUCAAAUCCAACACUGUUGGCACAUAUGAUCCGCGCAAUAUCGGCGUUGGGACAGGUGUAGUGUGUUGGAUUGUUGAUCCUUCAAAUCAUCAAAGGCUCCUCCCUCCAGGUGCGAUCGGCGAACUAGUUAUUCAAGGCCCCAUUCUUGGUCGUGGCUAUCUUAAACACCCAGACCAUGGUAAUACGUCUUUUAUUGAAGCUCCAAUAUGUUUGCAACAACAUACACCAAGUGUUUCUAGUCAGGUAUACAAGACAGGUGACCUGGUUCGGUACCAACCCGAUGGGUCGAUCCUGUAUAUUGGACCUAAGGAUACCCCAGCCAAAAUUCAAGGUCAGCGUUUAGACCUUGAAGAAAUUGCCUAUCAUAUUCAGAAAUAUUUUCCCCAGGGCAAGGACGUUGUUGCUGAUGUGAUACGACCCGGUAAUGGGAAUGAGAAACCAAUAUUGGCCGCAUUCAUCAGCCACUCCUUUAGCCCUGUCGCUGGUGCUUCUGGCAAAGUCACCUUUGUAGGACCAUCGACUCCUUUCCAGAUUGCUGUUGUCACAGCGCAAACCCAACUCCAAGAGGUGUUGCCUCCUUUCAAAGUUCCUACAGCAUUCCUUCCUUUAGAAGGGAUUCCACUCGAUGCUGUUGGAAAGGUGGACCGCAGACUUCUACGGGACGCUGCUUCAAAUCUCUCACAGGAGCAGAUUGAUGCGUACAUCAAUAUCUCUCCUCUUAGCAACCAAGGAGAUAUUCCCCUGAGCGAGCUUGAAGAAUCAUUGCAAACUUGUAUUGCACGUGUGCUCAACAAAGCUCCCACCUAUGUAGGCUUAGACGAUAACUUUUUCCGCUUUGGAGGAGAUUCUAUCAGUGCGAUGAUUCUUGUUAGUCAAUGUCGCCAGCAAGGGAUGGCAGUAACUGUUGCAGAUAUCUUUCGUCACAAAACAAUUCGCCGAUUAGCCUCCCAUAUUCAAUCUGUCAAGGUGACAGCAACGGAUAUCAAGGAAACUGUUGGAACGGUAUUCGAUCUCUCCCCAAUUCAACAGGCUUUCUUUGAUAGAGUCCCAGACGGCCUAAACAAUUUCAGCCAGAGCUUCCUAGUCAAGCUCAGAAAACCGAGGGGCUCCAUUGGGGCUGCUUUAGCGACAAUAGUGAGAAGGCACACAAUGCUCCGCGCCCGAUUUCUAAAGAAAGCUGGAGCUUGGGUACAAAUGGUUACUAGGGACAUUGAGUCUUCGUAUCGCUAUCGGGACCUAACAGAGUCUAAUAUAGAGACGCCGAGGAAGUGUUUCGUGGAAAGCCAGGCAGCCCUUAACUUCACGCAGGGUCCAAUGUUGGUGGCAGACCAAAUAGCCGUAGGUAACAAUCAGUACCUAUUUCUUGCUGCGCACCAUCUCGUCAUUGAUUUUGUCUCGUGGCGAAUCGUUUUGAAUGAUCUCGAGAUGUUACUAGCGGGGGAGUCGCUGCCUCCUCUAUGCUCAUUGCCCUUCCAAGUCUGGUGCCGUUUACAAGCCGAAUAUACGAAAAAACAUCUGAUACCAUCAAAGACGCUUCCAUUACUAUCGAGUACUCCUGAUAUUGAGCUAAAUAUUGAAGAAUACUGGGGCCUACCCAAGAGUUCGAACAUCCAUGCAGACGUGAUAUCUACCAAAUUCACCGUCGACCCUCACAUCACGAAGCUGCUUCUUGGACCUGCAAACAGGGUACUACAGACCAGACCUCUUGAGCUUCUACACGCUGCAAUCCUCCUUUCAUUUAUCAAGUCAUUCCCAGAUCGUCCACCCCCAAUGAUAUAUCAGGAAGGCCACGGAAGGGAACCUUGGGAUAGUUCCGUGGAUGUCUCGGGAACUGUGGGUUGGUUCACAACCAUCUGGCCUGCGCUUAUCCGCACCACCGCGGCCUCCAGCUUUAUGGAUGUGGCCCGACUUACAAAAGACAUUCUGCGCCAGACACAAGCCAACGGUUGGAGCUACUUUACGGCUCGCUAUUUGCAUCCAGAGGGAAAUAAAAGACUUACUCUCAAAGAACCCAUGGAGAUCCUUGUGAACUAUCAUGGAGGCUAUCAUAGUCUAGAGGGCAAAGACACCAUCCUUCAAGUCACAUCUGAUAUUUCAGACAUUCCGGUUGGGGUGCAUCCACAGAUGCCAAGGGGGACGAUAUUUGAUAUCGAGAUUUGGGGCUCUGGGGAUACUUUGGAGUUCGACUUCACAUAUAACAAGCAUUCACUGCGCCAAACGUCCAUCCAGGGCUGGGUAUUCGCUUGCCAGGCCCUCCUUAUAACUGCCGCCGAGGAGUUGCACGAUGCUUCUCACAAAGCUACCUCCAGCAACGUCCCCCAACCCUCACUGAGCUGCCCUGAACUCUCCCAUCCUUUGCACCAUUCUUAUCAUAUGGACAUUGACCCAUCCUCCGUGCAAGAAGUCUAUCCUUGCUCGCCCGUACAACAAGGUAUUUUCUUGAGCCAGGGGCGGGACAAUAAACUAUACACUACCAGAACAGUCUGGAAAGUCUCUAUUCCAGAUUCACGCGCACCCAUAUCUAUCAAUGAAGUUCAACAAGCGUGGGGCUACAUCGUGAUGAAAUACUCAGUACUUCGUACCAUUAUCACUGAGAGCCCUUCCCGCGACAGGCUCCACGAUCAACUGGUUAUCAAUCACGGAGCGGGUAAAGUUAUUGUCUUGGAUUCAGUUGAUUGCGCGCCGGAACCCAUAGGGGCACUCCCCUGGCAAUUUAUUAUCAAGCGAGCAAGUGAAAUAGAGAUUCUCUGUGAACUUGCCAUUAACCACUCGCUAGUCGACGGUAUUUCCAUUCGUGUCCUUGGCACCGAAUUGAGUAACCUGAUUAAUGGCAAGGCCCUUGACUCUCAAGCUAUGCCUUACAAGGACUACAUUUCUUACCUGAAAUCUAUCCCCCGCCAGCAGGUUGCCGAUUACUGGAAGGAGUACCUCCGUGAUGUCACUCCAACGCUAUUUCCUAGCUUGAACGAAUCUUCUGAGGGUCAAUUACACUUCGUGACUCGCACCAUUGACGCAAGGCGCAUCAAAUAUUUCUGCGAGACAUAUGGAUCGACGUUAUCCAACGUAAUACAAGUAGCUUGGGCGUUGGUCUUGCGCUGCUACACCGGCACAGGCGACAUUUGUUUUGGAUAUUUAACAUCUGGGCGAGACAUUCCGCUCACAGGCAUUGAAAAUGCGGUGGGCCUGUUUAUCAAUCUGCUGGUUUGCCGCCUACAGUUGGAUAGUGACCUCUCCAUGUUGUCACUUUUGCAGAGAAAUGAAAGCAACUUUAUUCACAGCCUUGAGCACCAACAUUGCUCGCUAGCGGAAAUCCAACAUGACUUAGGCUUGAAUCGAGAACCGCUCUUCAAUUCUAUCAUCUCUUAUCAAACUGUUCCCUCGGUGCAAGCACAAGGCCCGGGCCGAGCACCUGAUGAACAUGCUUUAGCCUUGGUAGAGACAGUAGGAGGAGAAGACCCAACUGAGUACGGACUGGUCAUCAAUGUGAAUGCCGGCCAAGAUCUCAUUAGCCUCUCCCUCAGUUUCUGGGACGUCUUCCUAGAUCCUGAACAAGGCUCUAGCCUCUGUGAUGUUUUUGUGCAGACCAUUUUGAAUAUCAUGGACAGUCCCUCAACGUCUGUCGGUGACAUCGAUUUACUUAGUCAGGAUCAGCUGAGCAUCAUUCACUCGUGGAAUGCACAACUACCACAAACCGAGGAAGUAUGUGUCCAUGACUUGAUCCUUGAUCAAUGCCGGGAUCAUCCACAAGCACCAGCGGUCUGCGCAUGGGAUGGCAACUUCAAUUACAAGGAGCUUGACCAGCUCUCUGCGCAUUUAGCGGCUCAGCUUCAGAUACUUGGGAUUGGACCGGAAAUCUUCGUGCCAUUGCUAUUUGAGAAGUCGAAAUGGGUCUCUAUAGCGAUGUGUGCAGUAAUGAGAGCCGGCGGUGCAUUCAUUUUGCUAGACGAUUCCUAUCCAGAAGCCCGUCUGCGUGAAAUUUGCGAGACCUCUCGCUCCACCCUUGUCAUUUCCUCGUCCUCCACCUAUGGUAAAGCUGCAUCAGUCGCUGAGCGAGUGGUAAUGGUUUCCCAGACUGAGGCUGUAAAAUGGAUGUCAGGCCUGGAUCCACCGUUUAUUCAUCAAAACGUCCUUCCUCAUCAUGCCCUCUACGGCGUCUUUACGUCAGGUUCGACUGGUAAAUCCAAAGGUGUGGUGAUUGAGCACUCAAGCUACGCUACAAGCGGCCUAUCACUUAAAAAACGACUGAGAGUUACGAGCCAAUCUCGAGUGUUCCAAUUUGCCUCACAUGCCUUUGAUGUGAGUAUCAGUGACUACUUGACAACCUUCAUUGCCGGUGGGUGCCUAUGUGUUCCCUCCGAAACAGAUCGAAUGAAUGACAUCCCCCACGCGGUACGAAAAUUGAAUGCGAAUUGGAUGCAUAUUACGCCAUCUGUUGCACAAAUCAUCCAUCCGUCGCAAGUAGAUGGGAUCAAGUUCUUGAUUUUAAGCGGCGAAGCUAUUAAAGCAGAAAAUAUCAAGACAUGGGGACAGUCCGUUCACCUCAUCAAUGCAUACGGGCCAGCCGAGUGCUCAGUCGACUGCGUCGUCAAUGACCGUGUGGUUUCUAGCCCUUCAAGCAUUGGAUAUGCAAGUGGCUCAGCCUGUUGGGUCACCGACAAAGAGAAUCCUGCUCGACUACUUCCCAUUGGUGCUGUUGGAGAGUUGCUCGUCGAAGGUCCCAUCGUCGGCCGCGGGUAUCUACGUAAUGAAGAACAAAAUCGCCGAGCCUUUAUUGAGCGACCUCAAUGGCUCCAGGAUUUCCGCGGCCAUGAAUCCUCUCCGAGACACAUGUACAGAACCGGAGAUCUCGUUCAGUACUUACCAGAUGGCUCCCUGAAAUAUGUUGGACGCCGUGACAAUCAAGUCAAGAUCCAUGGCCAGCGUGUUGAACUAGGGGAAGUCGAGUCUCAUCUCCGCCGUCUCUUCCCAGGAUCUCAAGACGUCGCUGCAGAAAUUCUACAACGGCCAGACUCUGCAUCCCAAAGAGUGCUCACAGCAUUUAUAAGGCGACAGGCACAUGAGUCUACGGGAGAUGAAUUUUCGAUCCUUGAAUCAAGCCAGGAGUUUCUCACAGACGUCCACAUCGCAGAAUCGCGUCUCCUUCAGAAUGUGCCUCGACACAUGGUACCAGCUAUGUUUGUUGCCGUCAAUCAUAUACCGUUGACUAGGUCGGGUAAAGUCGAUCGAGCCAAGCUGCGUAACCGAGCAACGGAGAUCUCAUGUACGGAUGGGGGCUCUGGUAGCCAACACAUCAUCCAGCGACCAUUGACCAAGAUCGAGCGCAGAAUACAAUCGAUCGUUGGCCGGGUGCUAGAGCUCAAUACAGAUGUCAUCAACGUGGACGGUGACUUUUUCCAGAUGGGUGGUGACUCCAUCACAGCCAUGCAGCUAGUAUCCCUCGCUCGUCAUGAGGGUCUCUUGUUGACUGUAAGACACAUAUUCACCGUACCGGUGCUAGCAGACCUUGCAAGAGAGAUCCAACUAACCAAGACCGUGUCGGAUUCAACGGCAACUGCCCCGGAACCUUCCAGCAACACUGAUAAUGAACUUUCCAGAGAUAUUUGUUGGGCAGAUCUACCCUUCAAGGAGGAGGAUGUGGCUGAUGUCGUUCCUACGACUUGUGUUCAGGCCUUUUCUGCAAGCCGACCGCAGAACUACUGGUUCUUGGAGAUAUCAGGGUCAUUGGACACCACUCGAUUGAAACAGGCCUGCUUAGAUCUUAUCGAAAAGCAGUCGAUCCUCAGAACUGUGUUUAUUCAAAGCGCAGGGCACACCUUACAAGUUAUCCUCCAUCAUCUACCCCUGAGCAUAAUUGAGUGCGACACCAGCGAAAAUAACCUAAGGGCAUUUGCCGAAGUGUUCAGUCGACAAGAUUCCAUCUCACAGACACUAUACGGGACGGUGCCGCUAGCCAUGACCCUGGUGAAAGGCAAUGGCGAACACCACCUGCUCAUCAUGCGUCUAUCACACGCCCAGUACGACGGUCUAUCUAUACCCAAGUUGAUGGAGAACCUCCUUGAUUUGUAUCACCAACAACCCAUCUCCAUUCCAGCGGACUUUGCGACUUAUGUACGAUACUGUGCUCGGAGUCACAACUCAGAGGCAUUCGCCUUUUGGAGAUAUCUACUCGAGGGUUCAUCUAUGACUUCUAUAUUCGACCAGCCAGUAGCAACAGGUACGUCGAAUGGUGGUUCUAUAUCACCAGCCCUAGUCGAAUCAGAGGCAACCGUGCCUUUGCCUACUCCACCUCCUGGAAUUACAUUGGCGACAGUGGUGAAGACAGCUUGGGCUAUGGCUCAAUCGAAACUCCUACAACGAUCCGAUCUUGUCUUCGGUCAACUAGUCAGUGGCCGCAACACAGGCGUCGUCGAUCUGGAAGACGUCAUCGGGCCUUGCAUCAACUUCACGCCCGUGCGGGUUCAAAUGCAGCCAGGACAGACAAUCGGCUCGCUGUUGAAGCAAGUGCAGGCUCAACACGUAAGCACAAUGCCCUUCGAAACGAUGGGACUACACGAUAUUGUCAAGAACAGCACCUCCUGGCCACCAGAAACCGACUUUGGAUCUAUAGUGCACCACCGUUUUGCCCACGAUCAAAGUACGCUGAAAUCCACCGAGCUGUCAUGCCAGAUAGAUGCGUGGUCACCAAUUUCCCUACCUGCAAUGAAUGUCUGGGUGUCUACCAUAGCAGAAAAAGAGCGGCUGAGCAUCAAUAUCUUUAGCCGCAGCGAGGUUGCGACACAGGUUCAAAUCGAUCGGUUGAUGGAGGAGUUGUCUGGCAUGCUAGCUAUUUGUAGAGAAGACGUAUGUGUGCCUCAUGCGAAUGGAGAUGGCGAGUAA